AUGUUUACGAGCAAAGCUGAGCAGAAUAACAUUAAGGCUAGCAUAGCAGCUUCGUAUGACAAACUCUACAGCCAGUUUAGCUCUGAGGUGUUGAGUGAGGUUGGAAACUAUAAAAUUCUGAAGUUUAUCGGCGAAGGUUCGUUCGGUAAGGUAUACCUAGCGGUGCAUAAGCUAACGCAUCAGAAGGUUGUUUUGAAGACGGGAAACAAGAAGGAUCCUAAUGUGGUACGAGAGGUGUUUUACCAUCGCCAAUUUGACUUCCCGUACAUUACGAAGCUUUAUGAGGUAAUAGUCACCGAAUACAACGUGUGGAUGGUUUUAGAAUAUUGUUCGGGCCACGAGCUUUAUGAGCAUCUCUUGCAAGAGCGAAGGUUGUCGCUGGAGGAAUCUAAGAAACUUUUUUCGCAGAUUGCUAGUGCAGUGUAUUAUGCGCACGAACUAAAAUGUGUGCAUCGAGACUUGAAAUUAGAAAACAUCUUGUUGGAUGGCAACGGUCACGCGAAGCUUACAGAUUUUGGGUUUACUAGAGAAAUGGCCACUAGGUCGCAGUUGGAGACGAUCUGUGGGACCACGGUUUACAUGGCGCCAGAACUUAUCGAUAGGAAAAAUUAUGACGGGUUCAAAACAGAUAUUUGGUCCCUUGGCAUUAUCUUAUACACUAUGAUAAACGGAUACAUGCCAUUUGAUGAGGACGACGAAAAUGAAACAAAGUUGAAAAUCGUUAAUGAAGAGCCAGUUCUUACUCAAGAAUGGCUAUCUGAAGAUGUCGAAGAUUUGAUUAAGGGAAUGCUCCGUAAGGACCCCAACCAGCGAAUUACAAUGGAGGAAAUCCUCACCCAUCCUUUCCUUCAGCCUUACGGGACCGUCACAAUGGAAAAAACAGAUAAACUACUUGCUAAGCAAAGGGGUGGAAGUCUUCAUUUUCAUUCCAAACAUGAAAAACGCUUGUUGAAGAGGUUGAAGCAAUGUGGCUUUGAUACCGGAUCGAUCAAAAAAUCGGUUAAUAAGAGAAAAUGUGAUUCAUUAAGUGGAUUAUGGUUUCUCUUGUUGGAAAGAGAAUCUAACAAGGAGCUAGGAGUACCGAAAAGGACAAGGUCUGUUCUCUCAGUAAGAAAAGUGUUCGAGUCAUCCGUAAAUAUGGUCAUGGAUGACAUCCUCCUUCAAAGUCCGGAGUGUACUAAAACAAAUUCAUUGAAGAAGAUAUUAAGCCGCAAAAGCGUCGAUCAAGAGGUACCCCACCAAGUAACACCUGCUCUCGCACCUAAAGACUCGCGAAAAGUGAAUAGCAAUGGUAAUCACGAAGUUGCAGAACCAGCAUCCAUCGGGUCGGGUGAUAAUAUAUCUAAGAAAAAAGGGUUUUUCCAGCGAAUGUCUUCCCUUUUCAAAUCGAAAAAGCAUACACCUCAGAAUGAUGGUGAAUCCCUGACACAUAGAAACUCCUUGCAUACUCUUCCACCUCUUUCUGGUAAAAGGCGACAUAAAACGGGCUCAAAUGAUUCGCAGGUUCGUUCUCUCCCAGAGGUUAAAGCAAACCAGAAUUCAACAGAUCCCAACGUUCAAUUUGAGGACAUUACAAAUAAAACAGAACAUAGAGUGAAAAAACCCAAAUCUCACUCUUCGAUCGAUAUUCCAAAUACCCCGAGCGGCUCAGAGUUGGAUCGUCAUCGCUUAUCUGGGAGUGCAGAUGAAUUUUUGAAGCUUCCGAAUGGUAGAGGAGACAGAAGAUCAUCUAUUGUAUCGCAACACUCAGCUGUUUCUAACGAUACAUUUAAUUCAGAAUAUUCAACAGAUGCACAAUCCGGAUCGAGGUCUAAUAUUACUCAAUAUUCCAGUCGCAUAGCAAAUACUUCUGAUACAGGUAGUAAUCGUAAAAAUGUUAGAAGGACUCUCAGUGUACUAUCUACUACCUCUAGUAACUCGGAAUUAAGUUCAAAAACUGAUUCCUUCUAUGAUAUUACCACUGCUUCAUCACCAACUACCAUGGACAUUCGCUCAAACUUUAACAUUAGAUCUGAAUCACAAUUUCCAAAAAUGAAUGGCAAUUCGCCGUGGCAUAUACAAAGGGGUAAGUCGCCGGUCGGUCGCCAUGCUAGAAUGACCAACCGUUCUCUAAACAGAAAAUUCCGACAUUCUAAUAAUAGUGGAACCCAAUCUGUAAUUCAAGAAGAAGGCUCAUUCGAUGAUGAAAAUGAAAAUGCUGCUAAUAGACCGGAAAUUAGCGAAUACGACAGUGCGGAAAUUACAACUCAUAGUGACAGCGAAACGCCAUCAAAGGCAAAUACACCUCUAUAUACUCUGAGUGAAGGUCAUAACGAGUCCAGACCAGUGGCAUUUCUUGUUCGAAGAUCCGCAAGUGAAGGAAGUUCAUGGUCCCAUCCCCACGCUGAAUUACUGGAAACUGCCAGCAUUCCAAUAAUCAAGACAAAUACUAAGAGCUUUAUAGAAGAAGACGAAUACGAAGCUAGCAUUGCGGCAGAUGACGAAGAUAACUCUCUAGAAGAUGACGAACAUGAUAAUAGCAAGUGUGCUAUCGCACCAGUAUAA